GCGUCUCAACAUCCUGGAGGCUGAUUUCAACCCUAAAGUUCUGCUGCACAGAUUAGAUGUUAAGCAGAUGCUGAUGGUUAAAGAAGCAGCUCCUGUAAAGCACAGACCUUGUGCUGGCCUACAUGACCCAAAGCCCCACCACAUAAAGAAGGAACAGGAGGAGGUCUACACCAGUCUGGGGGGAGAGCAGCUCAAUGGGAAGGAGGAGAUUGAUGCCAUCAGGUUUCCAGUCACUGCUACUCCCAUAAAGAGUGAGGAUGAUGAACAGUCCCCUCUGCUCUCACAGCUUUAUCAAGACCAAAUUAAAGGCAGAGCGCUUCCAGAAGACAUCGAUGGAGGACAAGAAUCCAUCAGGAUACAAGAUCAUGGAGAUGGUUCCUUUUCCUCUGAAACUGAAGACACUGAGAAGGAUGAAAAGGCCGACAUUAACAAACCUUUUAGCUUCCCUGAGUUUGCUGAACAAUUUGUUCACCGUGGCUUUCUUCAGAAAGACAUGAUAAAUUCAGAAAUAGGAUCUUUAAGCUCGCUGGAUAGGAAGAACUGUUUCACAAAGAAGAAAAAUGUGGAAUCGCCAAAGAAAGUCCAGACAGGAGUGAAGUUUAGCUGUGAAGACUGUGGUAAAACCUUUAUUGGAAAAGGACCUUUAAACAAACACAUGAGAAUCCACACUGAAUGAUGGAAUCACACUCCAUUAUGAAUUCAGCAGACGUGGAGAUGCAGAAGGUGGUGGUUACUGAUCUCAUCUGUUUGUCUCCAGAUGAGCGGGGUGUUUUAAAUCAGUUUGACCUUGCCACAUGUGAUCCGAGGAUUCAGGAGUUG